CAGUACACCGGUAGAUAUUUGACAGCCAGAUAAACACGUGUACAAAAUGUCUAUUGAGAAAUCAACUUUAGAUAUUUCUAUGAAGGAAAUAUCAAAUUUUGAAAUAAGCAGUAUAUUUUCUAUGGAAUCUGACAGUUAUCCUGCUGACGAAGCUGCCAGCUUUGACAUGCUUACAUACAGACACAAAGAGGCUCCUGAUCUAUUUCUAGGUGGAUACAUGCACGGGAAUCUCGUGGGGUUUAUUUGUGCUACCCGAUAUCAUGGAAAAGAAUUGACACAUGAGUCAAUGAACAUGCACAUACCAAAUGGAGAAAGUGUUUGUAUACAUUCUGUUGUUGUUAAAAGAAACCAAAGACGGAAAGGUAUAGCGCUGCAGAUGUUGAAGUUAUUUAUAGAAAAUGUGAAGUCAGAACAGGCGAACGUAACAGGGAUACUUCUCAUCUGCAAAUCGAACCUAAUACCUCUUUACACGAAGGCCGGUUUUGAGCUCGUCGGGAAAUCACAUGUUGUUCAUGGCAAAGAUCCAUGGUAUGAACUCAAAAUUUCAUUAACUUGAGUUUAGCCAGGAGGAACUCUUAAUUAUAGCAAGAAUUGACAUUUAUAAUCAGAGGAUAUACAUGUACAGGGCAGAUGGAUGUAGCGCAUAGACUUACGUGUGAAACGGAUUAUGAAAAUACAUACCGGAAGUGUUUUCUAAGAGGAUUGGAAUUGUGUUUGAAAGCUCUCACUUCCCAUUUUUAUAUCACAUUGGUCUAUAUAUAUGUCAUUCUGUGUGUUAUGGCGCUCCAGGCACAAAACGCAGAAACGCAAAUUGGAAAUAUGACCCUUUUUACCAGAUCUAAAUUCACUACUGACUUUUGUGAACUUAUAUAUGACUUGUGAUAAUUGAAAAAAAUAAAGAAACAUCGAUUCAAAAACCUAAAUUUUACUUUUGAAAACAGAUGCUAUUGCCACAAGACCUUAAUGGUUUUCCGUAUCUCUGGCACCGUUUAAAAUAUCUGAACUUUCAUAAUGAUAGACAAUCUUUGCUCUUCAGCGCACAAAACUUUUUUUAGGCCACUGACUGAAGAAAUUACAUGAAACAUUUACAUACCAUACAUACACUUCCAGCUGACGUAAAACUACCGUAUAAGUUGUCGGCAU